UGUCACCAUGUCUUUAAUCAAGUUCAGUGUUCUUGUAAUAGCUUUUCUCAAAGCUACACUCUCCCAGGCUCACCCUGGCUACCAUUUUGGAUGGAGUGGUCAUGGUGGAACUGGGGGAAUAUCUUUUGGUCUUUCUCCUCAAUUCUAUCAGUUUUCAUGCCCUCAAGCUAAUGACAUUGUCAUGUCUGUGUUGGAAAAGGCCAUUGCUAAGGAUAUGAGAAUGGCUGCUUCUCUCCUUAGACUUCACUUUCAUGACUGCUUCGUUCAGGGCUGUGAUGCAUCAAUUUUGUUGGAUGAUAGCUCAACAAUAGUAAGUGAAAAAAAUUCUGGACCUAACAAAAAUUCCAUUCGAGGUUUUGAAGUGAUUGAUGAGAUAAAGUCUAAGUUGGAAGUAGCAUGUCCUCGAACUGUCUCCUGUGCAGACAUUGUUGCCCUUGCUGCAAGGGGCUCCACUAUUCUUAGUGGAGGACCCAACUGGGAGCUACCAUUAGGUAGGAGAGACUCAAAAACAGCAAGCCUAAAUGGCUCAAACAAAAACAUUCCCCCACCAAAUGCCACCAUUGAAAACCUCCUAACAUUUUUCAAGCGUCAAGGACUUGAUGAAGUAGACCUUGUUGCUCUCUCAGGUGCACAUACCAUAGGAGUGGCAAGAUGUACCACAUUCAAGCAAAGACUAUACAACCAAAAUGGAAACAACCAACCAGAUGGGAAUCUAGAAAAAUCCUUUUACUUUGGUUUGAAGACAGUGUGUCCAAGAUCAGGUGGUGACAACAAGAUUUCUCCCUUGGACUUUGGCUCCCCAAGAAUGUUUGAUAAUACCUAUUUCAAACUCAUACUUAUUGGAAAAGGACUGCUUAAUUCAGAUGAAGUGCUUCUUAUGGGGAAUGUUAAAGAGACUCGUGAACUUGUCAAAAAAUAUGCAGAAGAUGAGAGCCUCUUCUUUGAGCAAUUUGCUAUGUCCAUGAUCAAGAUGGGGAACCUUCGUCCUCUCACUGGAUUUAGUGGUGAAGUUAGGAAGAAUUGUCGUCGAGUUAAUUAA